AUGCCACACAGAACAAGGCCUUUGAUGGGACUGUUGCUAUUCACUGGAAUAAACGCUGUUUUGGUGCAGACGAUCACUCCAGUCUACGACUUUGUCUGCUUCUUGCCUUACUGGGAGAGAAGGAGAGAGCGUAUCAGGCAGGAGCGUGAAGCGGCGGCUGCGUCAUUAAACAGCACACAGAAAGCUACUCAAGCAUCUGUUGGAUGA